CAGCUCCUCUUGCUUCCCUUGACUAACUGACGGUUCGCCGUCCAAAAUCGAACGACCCCCGCCGCAGAGCCUUAGCCGCCCCUCGCAAAAGCUCCCACCUCACACCUUUGCUCUCUACCUUUUUGUGUGCAGCCAUCAACUUGCUGGGUCUGACGUGGCAGCUGAAGCCCUCCGACGGUCCCGUGUUAAACAACGGACUGGGCGCCGGACUGCCUGUCAACAGUGACGUGGCCACACUGCCCUCUGGAGGGAGAGAUUAUGCAGUUUCUUUUCCCCUCUCUCCAGGUCCGUGGGCAGGCCGGAACAGUAGCAUAGACACUGGCAACAUUGAAGUGGGGCGGCGGGUGACCCAGGAAGUCCCUCCUGGAGUCUUUUGGAGGUCCCUGCUCUUCCUUAGCCAACCCCAGUUCCUCAAGUUCAACAUCUCCCUCGGGAAGGAUGCCCUGUUUGGGGUGUACAUUCGCAAGGGCCUGCCUCCAUCGCACGCACAGUAUGAUUACAUGGAGCGCCUCGAUGGGAAGGAAAAGUGGAGCGUGGUGGAGUCUCCAAGGGAGAGGAGGAGCAUUCAAACUGUGGUCCUCAAUGAGGCGGUGUUUGUCCAGUACCUGGACGCUGGUGCCUGGCACUUGGCUUUCUAUAAUGAUGGUCGGGAGAGGGAGACGGUUUCCUUCAGCACAAAUAUCAUGGAUUCAGUGCAAGAGUGCCCGCGCAAUUGCCAUGGAAACGGAGAGUGUAAUUCUGGAGUGUGCCACUGCUUCCCAGGAUUCCACGGCAUGGACUGCUCUAAAGCGGCAUGCCCGGUGCUGUGCAGCGGCAACGGCCAGUACGACAAAGGCUCCUGCGUGUGCUACAGCGGCUGGAAGGGGCCCGAGUGCGACGUCCCCGUGACGCAGUGCAUAGACCCGCUGUGCAGCGGCCACGGCACCUGCACCGAUGGAAACUGCGUGUGCUCCAUCGGCUACAAGGGGCCGAGCUGCGCAGAAGUCGACUGCUUGGAUCCGACGUGCUCCAACAACGGGAUCUGUGUGAACGGGGAGUGCCACUGUAAGCCCGGAUGGGGAGGGCUCCACUGCGAACUGCCGCGGGCCCAGUGCCCAGACCAGUGCCACGGCCACGGCGCCUUCAUACCAGACACUGGCUUGUGCAGCUGUGACCCCAAGUGGAUGGGACCCGACUGCUCUCUGGAGGUCUGCUCGGUCGACUGCGGAACGCACGGAGCGUGCAUGGGCGGAGCCUGCCGCUGCGAGGAGGGCUGGACCGGGGCGGGCUGCGACCAGCGGGUGUGCAACCCGCUCUGCAUCAAACACGGGACCUGCAAGGACGGGAAGUGCCAGUGCCACCAGGGCUGGAACGGAGAGCACUGCACCAUUGACCAUGGGAGCAUGGUUGACAAAGCAGACGGCUGUCCUAACUUGUGUAAUGGGAAUGGCCAGUGCACCAUGGGUCAGCAGAGCUGGCACUGUGAAUGUCAGACGGGCUGGAGAGGCCCAGGAUGCAGUGUUGCCAUGGAGACCUCCUGUGCCGACAACAAGGACAACGAAGGAGAUGGACUGACAGACUGCAUGGACCCAGACUGCUGCAUUCAGAGUCCGUGUCAGAACAGUCCCCUGUGCCGUGGCUCGCGGGACCCUCUGCAAGUCAUCCAGCAGAACCCAAUCUCCCAGGCUUGGGUUCGAUCUUUCUAUGACCGCGUCAAGAUGCUCGUGGGAUGGGACAGCACCCACAUCAUCCCUGGGGAAAACCCAUUCAACUCGAGCUUGGCAUCACUUAUCCGGGGUCAGGUGUUGACGACAGAUGGAACCCCUUUGGUGGGGGUGAACGUGUCUUUUGUCAACUAUCCGCACUACGGAUACACGCUGACGAGACAGGAUGGCAUGUUUGACCUGAUAGCUAACGGUGGUGCGUCACUGACUCUGCGGUUCGAGCGUGCCCCCUUCCUGAGCCAGGAGCGCACCGUGUGGCUACCCUGGAGCCAGUUUUAUGCUAUGGACACUCUGGUGCUUAAGACAGAAGAGAACACGAUCCCAGGCUGUGACCUGAGCGGCUUCGCCAGGCCUGACCCUCUUGUGAUUGCAUCCCCUCUCUCCUCCUUCUUCAGCUCCAAGCCAGGGGAGAAACCCAUCAUACCGGAGACACAGGUGCUGCAUGAGCAGAUUGAGGUGCCUGGCACAAGUUUAAAGCUGAGCUACCUAAGCUCUAGGACCCAGGGUUACCGCUCCCUUCUCAAGGUUACCAUGACUCCAGCUGUGGUGUCCAUGGGCCUGCUGAAGGUUCACUUGAUGGUGGCAGUUGAGGGUCACCUCUUCCAAAAGUGGUUCCAUGCCUCACCCAACCUGGCCUACACCUACAUCUGGGAUAAGACAGACGCAUAUGGGCAAAGGGUCUACGGUCUCUCCGAAGCCGUUGUAUCAGUGGGCUAUGAAUAUGAGUCGUGCGCAAGUCUGAUCCUCUGGGAGAAGAGGACGGCCAUCCUGCAGGGCUACGAACUGGAUCCCACCAAUUUGGGUGGCUGGUCACUGGACAAGCACCACAUUCUCAACACGCGUAGUGGCAUUCUUCACAAAGGCAGCGGGGAGAACAUCUUUGUGACAGAGCAGCCGCCAGUGAUCACCAGCAUCAUGGGAAACGGCCGCAGGCGCAGCAUCUCCUGCCCCAGCUGCAAUGGCCUGGCGGACGGUAACAAGCUGUUGGCGCCGGUCGCCCUGGCGAUGGGCAUCGACGGCAGCCUGUAUGUCGGAGACCUCAACUUUGUACGCCGGGUCUACCCAUCGAUGAACACAACUGGCAUCCUUGAAUUAAGGAACAAAGAUUUCAGGCACAGUAAUAACCCAUCCCAUAAGUACUACUUGGCUGUGGAUCCUGUUUCCGGGGCACUGUUCAUCUCAGACUUCAACUCCCGGAGAAUUUACCGCGUCCGCUCGCUAACCGGUGGCCAGCUGCUGUCGGACAAUGCUGAGGUGGUGGCCGGCACGGGGGAGCAGUGCCUGCCCUUCGAUGAACGCUGCGAUGCCGGUGGAAAGGCCACGCAAGCUACACUGAUGGGCCCCAAAGGCAUUGCGGUGGAUAAAAACGGGCUGAUGUAUUUCGUGGACGCGACCAUGAUCCGCAAGGUGGACCAAAAUGGCAUCAUCUCCACUCUGCUGGGGGCCAACGAUCUGACGGCGGUUCGGCCACUGAGCUGUGACACCAGCAUGGACGUGAGCCAGGUGCGUCUUGAGUGGCCAACAGACUUGGCAGUAAACCCCAUGGACAACUCUCUCUAUGUCUUGGAAAACAAUGUCAUCCUGCGAAUCACUGAGAACCACCAGGUGAGCAUCAUAGCAGGUCGACCGAUGCACUGCCAAGUGCCGGGAAUAGACUACAGCCUCAGUAAGCUGGCCAUACAUGCAGCUCUGGAGAGCGCCACGGCCAUCGCUCUGUCCCACAACGGCAUCCUCUACAUCGCUGAGACGGACGAGAAGAAGAUUAACCGUGUUAGACAGGUGAGCACUAAUGGAGAGAUCUCUCUCCUGGCCGGUGCUGCCUCCGACUGCGACUGCAAGAACGACGUCAACUGCAACUGCUUUUACGGCGACGAGGGCUACGCCCCCGACGCCGGCUUGAACUCGCCCACCUCGCUGGCCGUCUCCCCCGACGGGACGCUCUUCAUCGCGGACCUCAACAACAUACGCAUCAGAGCGGUGCGGGCCAACCGGCCCGGCCCCGCCCUCUCCAGCGUGGGGUUCGUGGGAUCCGCCCAGUACGAGGUGGCCUCACCGAGGGAGCAGGAGCUGUACGUCUUCAACGGGAAGGGGCUUCACAUUCAGACCGUGAGCCUUGUGACCGGGGAGCCUCUUUAUAACUUCACCUACGGCUCCGAUGGCGAGCUGGCCAUGCUGGUGGACAACUGCAACAAUACCGUCAAGGUGAGGAGGGACGGCCUCGGACAGGGAGGAGGAGCGGGCCUUCUCCGGCUGGUGCUGCUGCCGGAGAACCAAGUAGUGACUCUGGGACUUGAUCCCACCGGGGGGCUGCGGAGUGUGUCUGCCAUGGGCCAGGAAGUGGCCCUGAUGGGCUACAGCGGAAACACGGGCCUCUUGGCUACCAAAGCUGAUGAGACUGGAUGGACCACAUUUUACCAGUACGACAGCGAGGGUCGCCUGACCAAUGUGACAUACCCAACUGGAAUGGUGACAAGCCUCCACCGUGAGAUUGAGCGCUCCAUCAACAUUGACAUUGAGAGUUCUAGCCGAGACGACGAUGUCACGGUCAUCACCAACCUGUCCUCAGUCGAAGCCUCGUACACGGUGGUGCAAGACCAGGUGAGGAACAGCUAUCAGUUAUGCAACAAUGGCACCCUGAGAGUGAUGUACGCCAACGGAAUGGGCAUCAGUUUCCACACAGAGCCCCACAUCCUGGCAGGCUCGGUCAGUCCCACAAUCGGUCGAAGGAACAUCACCCUGCCCACAGACAAUGGUCUCAACUCUAUUGUGUGGCGCCUGCGCAAGGAGCAGACCAAGGGCAAGGUCACCGUGUUUGGAAGGAAGCUCAGGGCCCAUGGCCGCAAUCUUCUUUCCAUCGAUUUUGAUCGCAACACGCGCACGGAGAAGAUUUACGAUGAUCACCGCAAGUUCACUCUGCGCAUUAUGUAUGAUGCUCAGGGCAGGCCGGCCAUGUGGCUGCCCAGCAGCAGCCUGGCCGUUGUCAAUGUCUCUUACUCAUCCACGGGACAACUUGUUGGGCUGCAGAGGGGCAGCAUGAGCGAGAGGACGGAAUUUGACUCCCAGGGACGCAUCUUAUCUCGUUCGUUUGUGGACGGGAAGGUGUGGAGUUACAGCUACCUUGACAAAUCCAUGGUGCUGCUCCUGCAGAGCCAGAGACAGUAUGUCUUUGAGUUCGACGCCUCAGGUCGGGUCACGGCUGUCACCAUGCCCAGCGUGGCUCGCCACACCAUGUUCACACACGUGUCCGUCGGCUACAUCCGCAACACGUACAACCCCCCGGAGAGCAACGCCUCCAUCAUCCACGACUUCAGCGAGGACGGCCGGCCUCAGGCCACGCAUUACCUGGGCACCGGCCGCCGCGUCCUCUACAAGUACGGCAAGCUCGCCAAGCUGUCGGAGAUCGUGUACGACAGCACUGCCGUCACCUUCGGGUACGACGAGACGGCCGGCGUGCUGAAGAUGGUCAACCUGCAGAGCGGGGGCUUUUCCUGCACUAUCCGCUAUCGCAAGAUGGGGCCUCUUAUUGACAAGCAGAUCUAUCGCUUCAGCGAGGAGGGGAUGGUGAAUGCCAGGUUUGAUUACACCUACCAUGACAACAGUUUCCGCAUUGCCAGCAUGAAGCCCGUCAUCAGUGAGACGCCUCUGCCCGUGGACCUCUACCGAUACGAUGAGAUCUCCGGAAAGGUGGAGCACUUUGGAAAAUUCGGAGUCAUUUACUAUGACAUUAAUCAGAUCAUCACGACAGCCGUAAUGACUCUGAGUAAGCAUUUCGACACCCAUGGUCGCAUCAAGGAGGUCCAGUAUGAGAUCUUCCGUUCACUAAUGUACUGGAUGACAGUACAGUAUGACAGCAUGGGACGAGUGGUGAAGAGAGAGCUGAAGAUCGGGCCCUAUGCCAACACCACUCAGUACCGCUAUGACUAUGACGGAGAUGGACAGCUCAGCGGUGUCAAGGUUAAUGACUGGUCAACCUGGCGGUACAGCUACGACCUAAACGGGAACCUCCACCUGCUGAAUCCCGGCAACAGUGCUCGGAUCCUGCCGCUCCGCUACGACCUGAGGGACCGCAUCACCCGCCUGGGGGAUGUCCAGUACCGCCUGGACGAGGACGGCUUCCUCAGCCAGCGCGGCUCCGACGUUUUUGACUACAAUUCCAAAGGUCAGCUCCUGCGGGCCUACAACAGAGGGCCCGGGGGCUGGAGCGUGGUUUAUCACUACGAUGGGCUCGGCCGCAGGGUGUCCACCAGGAACAGCCUGGGGCAGCACCUUCAGUUCUUCUACGCUGACCUCAACUAUCCGACCAGGGUGACGCACAUCUUCAAUCAUUCCAGCUCCGACAUCUCAUCUCUCUACUAUGAUCUGCAGGGUCACUUAUUUGCAAUGGAGGUGAGCAGUGGAGAGGAAUAUUACAUAGCCUCUGACAACACUGGCACACCACUGGCAGUCUUCAGCAGCAAUGGACAGAUGAUCAAACAGGUGCAGUACACAGCGUACGGGGAAGUAUACCUCGACUCAAACCCAGAGUUCCAGUUAGUUGUGGGUUUCCACGGUGGUCUGUACGACUCCCUGACUAAGCUGGUCCACUUUACCCAACGGGACUACGAUGUUUUGGCUGGACGAUGGACUUCCCCUGACUACAGCAUCUGGCCCAAGAUAGGAAAAGAUCCCUCGCCAUUUAAUCUUUACAUGUUCAAGAACAACAACCCUCUGAGUGACAUGUUGGAUGUCAAAAACUAUGUCACAGAUGUGAAGAGCUGGCUCGUGAUGUUCGGAUUCCAGCUCAGCAAUAUAAUCCCAGGGUUCCCCCGCCACUCCCUCUACUUUGUGGAGCCCCCCUAUGAGCUGCAGGCCACCCAGCACUGUGAGAAUGGACAGCUCAUCACUGGUGUUCAGCAGGCAGCAGAGCGCCACAACCAGGCUUUCAUGGCCCUCGAGGGCCGCCUGCUCAACAAGGAGCGCCGCAGGCGUAAGGACAAGCCCGGCCACUGGUUCGGCACCAGCACCCCGAUAAUCGGCCGAGGAGUAAUGCUGGCUCUGAAGGAGGGCCGAGUGGUGGCCAGCGUCUCGGCGCUGGCCAGCGAAGACAGUCGCAAAGUGGCUCUGGUGCUCAAUGGUGCCCAGUACCUCGAAGGCACCCACUACACCCAGGACGGAAAGGACUGCCACUAUUUUGUGAAGGUGGGCUCGGCGGACAGCGACCUGCUUGCCCUGGGGCUCACCAACGGCCGUAAGUCGCUGGAGAGCGGUAUCAACGUGACGGUGAGCGGCCGGUCGAGGAGAGGCGUGACUGUGGAGUUCGCCGUUCCCUCGUUGGUUCUGAGCGUUCGGUACGGGCUCGCCGCGGACGUGGUGGACGAGGAGAAGGUAAGACUGUUGGAACUGGCCAGGCAGAGGGCCCUGGCCGGAGGCUGGGCCAAAGAGCAGCAGCGGGCGAGGGACGGGAAGGGAGGCAGUCGCCUCUGGACGGAAGGGGAGAGACAGCAGCUGCUCACGACAGGACGAGUACAGGGCUACGACGGCUACUACGUACUGCCCGUGGAGCAGUACCCAGAACUGGCCGACAGCAGCAACAACAUCCAGUUUCUCCGACAGAACGAGAUGGGCAGGAGGUAACAGCCCUCCUGAACUCACCUUGAAGGGCAGACUCCUCCAUGGGCCCCGCUUUAACAUCUCUGAAUUCAGAUCCUUUCUCCCUACCCAGCCUCCUCGACCUUACUCCUCCUAUAAAACCUGUGGAGAAUUUACCAACCAUUGGGGUUAUUCACGGAAUGCUGCAGGGACUUUUGAAAAGAAUGACUGACAAAAAAACAAAAAACAGAUUGUUAAUUUUACUGCCACAGGCAAAAAGAAAAAAAGAAUCAAGAAUUUAGUCAAACUUUUUUUUUUUUUAAUUUUCUUUUUUGAAAAAACUUUGAACAACUGAAAAAGCACUGAAGAACUUUAAGAACUGUCGCUUAAUGAAUAAGAAGAUUCCCCUUUUUAAAAAAGAUAGUGAUAUUUUCGCCCAUAUUUUUUGGGUCACACCGAGAACGGCCACGAUAGCGUCUGAUCACGAGGAUGACUUUCAGUGUGGUGUCUCUGUGUUUAAGGCUUGUCUGUCUCUAAUAUAUACUUAAGGCAAAGGGACCAAAGCGGAGACCAAGCCACUCCAGAGUGCAGCCAUUACCACCACACAUCAAGGGCGGACAUCAUGAACCGUGGCAUAUAAGGCAACCCCAAAAGUGAGUCGUCUCCCUGUCUCAGGCCUCCCAUUGUCCACCACGGACCUGUCCAACGCUGCCAUGACAGCACACAUCAAACCGACCGACACACAGGAUUAACGGCAUCUUUGGAAAAACCCGAGCUCUGGAUGGACUAGAGGAUAAACUUUUUAAAAAAACAAAAGAAAAUAAAAAACGUGAUGGCUAUAUUUGUGGACAGUGGAUUCACACAGCAUUGUUUAUUUUGCAACAGGGGGAGAAGAAUCAUAUUACUACGUAUGUGUCAGCCUACACUAAAUUUCAGGAUGUUGCGUAUAAUGUAGAUGCCGUAGUUUUGUACGUUUCAGUCGAGGUAGAAUUGUGAGACUUUCACCAAGGCACUUCUGUACAGAGCGAUCAAACACAACACCCACAGAGUCCGGAAAACAUGCUUAGUUAGUAUUUAUUUUACGUCAUUCUUUAUUUAUUUAUUAUUAGUACUAUCUGACAAUCAUGAAUGAGUCACCAGUUCUAUUCGAAAAGAACAUUUGAUGGAUGAGCUUUUUUUUUUUUUCUUUUGUAAAAUAUGUAAUAAAUGUUCAUUUUGUUUUUGUAUUCAUUUUCAGUUUGCUGACAGGGCAAAUAAUAGUCACCGUCAAAAAGAGUAAUUUAUGUAAUAAAGUGUUUUAAAAAAGCAGUUUAUACUUUAAAUAAAGUCUUUAAAACUGUGAAAUCUGUUUUUUCGAAGUAUAUUUCGAUGUACAGUGUAUAGACUUACCUUUAUGCAGCACAGUAGAAUAUUGUUCAGAAUAUCAAGUUUUAUAUUUCUAAGAGGAAGUGGCUUGUAAUGUGCAAAAUCUUUAGCUGGUCUUACUACUCUAGAGUUUUGUGGCACUCUAAUACUCCAUUAUCUAAUAUAUCAGUCCCCAGUUUGUUGUUUUUGAUUGUUUCUUUUUGUUUUGGAAGCAAAACCCAACAGCAGUAGCAGUAAUGGAUCCCUCUCACUGUGAGGAGACUCCUGCUGGAUGUCAUGAUGUACCAAAUCAGUAUUAUCGGAGGGUGAUUCUUAUACAUUCACUGAAACAAGACUCGUCUGAGAAGCUUAUCAAUAAAACAUCAUUGUUUACUUCAGCUGAGCAAUGUGUAAUUUGCUUUCGUCUCAUUUUUGUGUUAGAAGACCAACUGACUCUGACUGAACAACUUUUUUCAAUGACUUAUA